AUCUAUAUAAAUUAUUCUUCGUGCCGUUGACUUUAUUUAUGCGUUGUUGCGUUGCCGCAUGUCCUAUGUAUUUCUUGAUUUUUAUGUGCGGGAAACGUUGAAUGAAAAGCAUAAGCGCAAAGAUUUUUUUCUUUUUGCAUUAUUUUGGAUAAAUAAUAAGAAAAUAUGGAUCAGGACUUAAAAGCUAAAAUUGAUCAAGCUUGUCGAACUGCAGAGGAAUUUACAAAACUGUAUUAUGAAUAUCUAGACAAGCGGAGAUAUCUGAUUUCAAGAAUGUAUAUGGAGACUGCUACUUUGAUGUGGAACGGAAAUGGAGUAGUAGGCAAAGACAAUAUACAAAAGUUCUGGACAGAUCUGCCGUCUUCAGAGCAUACCGUUACUACUCUCGAUGCUCAGCCAAUUACAGGUAAAUGCCCAGAGGUAGCAAAUCAAUUAACAUUUCUCGUCAAAGUUGGUGGACAAGUAAAGUACGAAGAAAAAGGUCCCAAGCCAUUUAAUCAAACCUUUCUAAUUACGGCUAUGGGUGAUAAGUGGAAGAUUGUAAGCGAUUGUUUCCGAACGCAAGAAUUACUAGGUAGUAAUACAAAUUAACAGCACCAAUCAUAAAUAAGUUUUAAAACUGUACUGUUUUGUAUACUGUGAUAGAUAUCUAAUUUAUAAUAAACAUGUAUAAAAAACUAAUAAUAUAAACAUAUACAUAUAUAUUGCAUGAUAGUGUAAUAACAUAAAACGUACAAAUUUGAUGGUACAUAUUGGUAUGCGGGACCAAACUAUGAGCCAUUCAAACUAAGAAAAAAACAACAUAAUUCGGUAAUUAUUUUUAUUUUUAUUUUCAAUCAAUGUAUAAAGCAAUAUUAAAAUUUUGUAUUAGUGAAUCAGUACGUUGGUCGAUUCUUUAGGAGAGUAAUUUUACAUCAAAAAAUUAAAAAUAAAUACAAGAGAGUAUGGUAUAAAUAGACAUAAAAUUACUAUAAUACAUAUUAUAUAGAACAUUAAUUUUAGUAUCUCUUUUAAUAAUACAAUUUUAUUCGAAUAAACGUCUGCUGACUAAAAUUCAUUUGUAUAACUAUUAUCGUUUCUGUUGAGCAUGAUUCUCUUUUGAUAAAAAGAAGAAAGAUAAAGAGAGGGCUUGAUUAGUUUAUCACAGGUACAAAAGAUAUAUAAAGAAACUUGGGAGGUUGAAACCAAAAGAAAGAAUACAUUUACAUGAUUAAAAGAUUACUACUUUGAAUUCAAUAUAUAUACUACUAGCCGCGUAAUACCGCGCGCGCGCGUAUGAUAUAGGCAGUGUCAUAUAAGAAAUAGGUUGUUGGUGACUUAUUUUCUGUUUCUAUUGCAUUCUUCUUUAGUGUCAAGCACGAACUUGAAAUGAA